UAUACAUACAUCAAUAAGAAUAAAUAAGUAAAAAUAUUACCAGGUUAAUCUUUGAUUAAAAACCUCUAACAUCAUUAAACCAGUCAAUGUUGUUCCUCUAUAGAUAGUUCCACAGAAUACUCCAACUCCAAGAAUACACAUUAUAGUUGCUAUAAGGGUAGCGUAUGGGACUCUUGUCAUACAUUCAUCACACUUACUCCCUACACAUAAUAAGAAAAAGAUAUAUUUAAGUAACCAGAGUAAAAUAUAUGAAUAGAAUAAAAUAUUAAAAUAGAAAACCAACGAGAUGCAUAUUCUGAACCCAAUGAACUUUCAAGAGAAUAUCUAUAUCUAUUUCUUAAUUGAUUGUUCCGAAUAUUAGACAUUUCAAAUUUACUGGGUGGUCCUCGUUGCAUGAUAACAACCAGUAACAAAACUGGGGUAAUCUAAGUGACGAAGUAUGAUUCUAUAAUGUAAAUAAGAUAAGGAAAGUACACAACAUAAACAAUAACUUCUGAGGUAACAGGCACACCCUAAUCCGAUGCUCAAACAAAUAACGUUACUUAUUGCACGCAAAUUAAUUUUUUACCUAGCACUUACCCAUACUGUUUUAUUAUAAUCCAAAUAACAAAACAAAGUAACAAAAUAUUAAAAAUAAUCUUAAUUUAAAAUGGUGAAAGUACGGGAAGGGUCAUUCAAUUGACAUUAUGUAUAAGUUAUGUAUAGGUUUUGUUUACCUUACUAUUGACAGCUAUCUUCAGCAGAAAUAACUAGAAGGCUGUGAAUUAAUGCUCAGUGGGAAGUUUUCGAGGGAAAGGUUCUGUGUUAAGAAAUUCAAAUUAAAGUAGUUGUUUUGUAUGAAAGUAUUACAUGUUGCUGCUUCGUUGUUUGAAUAAUGAACCCCGAAAAGGUUCUACCUCCUGGGGUAAAUGGAAAAAUAACUGGUUACCUUAUGGUCAAAGUUGAUGAAAUAUUUUGGGCCAGGAAUUCUCCUGGUGAAGUUGUUGUUCAACUACAGUGGUGGGGUGAAAAAGAUUGUGUUGUUUUUAGGCCUGAAGAUAUUACUCUUAAUGAGCCAAAGAAAAAACAUGACAAUUCUGUGAUAUACAAUAUUAAGACAAGCCCUGGACUUUUUGAAAGCUACUUGAGAAAUUGUGGUAGAAUAACAUUUACUGUUCUUAGAGGACUAAAUAAAAAUGUCAUUUUGGGAUCUGCUGUUAUCAAAGAAGUUGAGCAGAUCUUAGCUCUUAAACAUUAUCAUUCAUAUUUUUCUAUUUUUUCUCCUAAAGGCAAUAGAAUUGGUGAUCUACAUGUUAGUUUUGAGUUAACGUUUAAACAAACUGGUACGCGCCCAACACUGCGAAAGCCCAUUGAAGAAUGCCUUAAAGUUAAGCCUGAAAACAACCAUAAAAUAACUUACUCAGAUCAACUUUCUAGCCACGAGUGUAAUCCAGUCAAUCUCCAAGAGGAUAAAUUAUUUUCUAACAUUUUGCAAAAAGGAUAUGAACUACGAAAAGCCAUGGUUAUGUCCGUUCUAGCUGAUUGUCCUAUUGAUAAUCUAGAUUCUGUUGGCAGUUGUGAUCCAGACUUGAACUUUAUGAAACAAUGUUCCCGAGAAGAGGAGACCAAAUUAGUCGAUUUUCUUUUAGGUAAACAUAUGUCUGCAGAAGAAGAAGUAAAAGCACUCAAAACAUUACGUUGUCUUUCUCCUGCUGAAAACUUAGUUGAUAUUGCAAAAGUAGUCCCAAAAGAAGCUAAAAUUACCAAAUCUAAAUGUUGUCUUCAUGGUCAAGAUUGCAGAGAAGAAAAUAUUCUAGGUAUUGAAAAAAAAGAUGAAAAAUCAGAACAAGUUUCAUUAAAAACAAGUUCUACAUCUAGUGAUUUGGCCCAAAUAAGAGAGAGCGCUCAGUUUAUUGAUGAUGAAACUGUUUUAAAAAAAAAAGAAGAAACAAAAUUCAAUUGCUACCGUAUUGCUGUUUCUUCACUGAAAUUGAGUUCAGAUGGAAGCAGGAAGAUAUUUUAUGUUCCAGGUCAUAAUCACAAUCCUCCAGGUACUUACUUUAUUUUAGAAAUAAAGUUCCCAUCUAAAGGAGAAUUCAGUUCACGAAGUAUCAAAUUUCUCACCAAAAAGUUAAAGGGCCAACGUGUUGACUUUGAUCAAGGAAGUACUCAUCGCUUAUGUGGUGCUGUAACUUGGUCUCGUGUAUGUUCUCUUUUAAAUGGAUCAGUCUUUAAUGUCUCUUGGAGGCAUUUGAAUCAGCGACUACCAUGCCCACUGGGUUCUGCUAAGUUGGAAAAUUUAAAUCCAGAUACUGGUGCUUAUUCUGUGUGUCUUCCUAUUUAUAGUAAUACUAGGCUCUUGACAGGACAUCUUAAUGUUACUAUAAGUUUAGGAGUACUAGACAAUUUAAAAGAAGGAAUAUUCCAAAUCACAAAAAAACCUGAAGAAAAUCUUGAAGAUAUGAAUGAGUUCGAUAAUGAUAACUUCUCUUCAAAAGUUACUCAUAAAAUACAAUCCGAACCACUUGAAGUUGUAAGCUCUUCUCAUUCUACGAGUCCUGCUACUGCUAUCUCUGAUGAGGUAUUUCCUGUGACUCGGCUUGAUGAAGAAAUUUUGAAAACUAUUGAUCUUUUGAAUUCAAAAUCUGAUGACAUAGUGAAUAAGAAUCCUGUAGUUGAAAAACACGAGGCCUGUGUACAGACUACUCUGCCUUUUACAGAAACUAAUUGUUUUUGUCAAUGUCAAAAACCUGUAAAGGAUAGUGCUGAUGCUUAUAGGAAUGAAGAAAUUUCUUUAAAACAGUCAGAAGACAAUAAUCCAUGUAAAACUGCUCGUUGUGAUAAUGAAUUUAAAAAGUGCAGCAAAUUAGGAAGACAUUUUGAUAGAAAAGAUAAUAAUUAUGAAGAUUUUUCUAAAAUGUGCUUCAAUUACAAAGAUGAAUUUUCAGACAGAAAAAAAGAAAUUGUAGGUUUACCAUUGGACUUUGAAAAAACUAAAAUACAUGAUUUCACUGUGAAGGUUGAAAAAGUUGUUGGAAUUCCAUUGUUCACUGGGGACAAUGAUAUGGAUUGCUAUGUUGAUUAUAUCUUCCCAAAAGUAGACUGCAGUGGCAAAAUGGUGUUUGAUAAAGUAACAAAUGGAACUGGUAUACAGAUGGCAUUGAGGGAAACGGAAUUCAAAACAGUGAAUCGGCAUAAAAUCAGGUUAAAUUGUAAACUCACAAAGGCACUCAUGACCUUACCAGUUCAUGAAAUCACAUUUAGUGUUUGGGGUCGUUACUAUAGACCUAGACCUCGAGACUAUAUGCUGGGGAAGGCUGUUCUUCCACUCAUGAAAUUAAGUACUCUUGAACUGGUAUACUUUCAACAAAGGAAAAGAGAAGCUAUUUUUGAAAAGAUUAUCAUUCCCAUCAAUGUUGUUGAAUCUUCUGUAACAUAUGGAUACAAAGGUUCAUUUGGUGAAUUGCAUGUUAUUAUAGGUUACAGUUGUGCUUCUUCUACAUCAUAUAAAGAAUGGAGGGACAUAGGUAAAGAGUACUCUUCUGCUCAUGAGAUAUGUAAUAGAAAUGAAGGGCAUUGCAUACAUUCUUUCCAUGAUAGAAAUAUUCCUCUAAUGCAUUUUGACCAUGAUAAAGAGCCGGAUAACAGAGAAGUUAAUCAGAUUCCUAAUAAGUUAAAGCCUGAUUUUUCCCAAGUAUCUAGAAUAAAUUCCAGAAACAGAAUUUUAAAUUCUCCUGACUUUGUUCAAUCAAAUGUUCAUGCACGAACUGAUGCUAUAUAUCAUGAUUUAAAAACACAAACCAUUGAACAUUUGCAAAAUGAACAAGUUAUAACUGCAAAAGAAUCUGAGAAAAAUACCAUCCCCGUUAUGGAAAAUAAUACUAUAGAUGAAAUAUCUCAUGCAAGAGACUUAAAUUUGGAAUAUAUUGUUGAUAGACAUGGAAAUGAGCUGCCUGAAUUCAAUGGUCUUAAUGCUGAAGCUCCAAAUGGGAAAGGAACAACAAAUUUAAGUAGUUUAGUUGAAGAAGUUUUAUGGGAUAUGAAAGAGAGACAAGCAGAUAACAAUUUCAAAAAUAAAAGCCCAAUCCAUUCAGUUGUAUCAAAUCACGAGACUAUUCCAGAAGUCAUUGAUUCAAGAGCAUGUGGUGAUGCAUUUGAACUUUUUGAUUUAAAGGUUGACUUACCAAGUAGGGGAGAGUCUAUGGAUUUUGAAGCUAGGUCUCAGUAUAGUUUUUUGUCUUCUCCUCCUCAUAUGGUUCAUCAUUUCUCUAACCAACCCAGUUAUGUCAGAUUAGAAAGUGAUUCCUCUUUUUCUAUGAAAGACGCAACACAAAAUCCUAUUAACCCAUUUUCCAGACUUUCAAAUAUGUCUUUUUCAAUAAAUAGUGAUUCAUCUAUAUUUAAAGUACAUGAAGAAGGUAACAUGCCUUAUCAAACAAACAGUAGUAUUAAUUUAAAAAAAAAAAAAUCGCCUAUUAAUGAAAACAUUAUUAGUGAAGAAGACUCUUUACUUCCUGAAACAAAUUGUGAUCUUCCUGGUAUCAUUAAAAGUAACAAUAGAUUGUGCGAUAGUAGUAAAAGAAUUCAGAGAAACAUGAGCAUAAGUAAUGAUUCUGAAAAAGAUGAUGUUCAAUCAACUGAUGCUACCUUAAAGUCUUUAGAUUCUUUGAAAAGUUUUAAAGAAGAACUUGGCGGAAGAGAAAGCAAAGAUAUAGGGGUUGAAACUGACUUUGUUACCCAAAAUAAGGAUACUCAGACAUCAUAUACUUCUUAUAAAGAAGAACAAUUUUUCAAGGUUAGAGUACAACUUUGCCGUGCCCUUGGUUUACCUUCAGUUGAAGUGAGACAACCAAAUGGUAAAAUAUCUAUGGUGAAGCCCACAUCUUAUGCCUAUUUUUCAGCCAUGAUCGAUCGAAAACCCAGGAUAUUAAAAACUAAAAUUGUAGAAAAGAAAUCUAAUCCCAUUUGGAAUGAGUCUUGGGAUGUAGAUCUUCCCGUAGAUUUUUUGAAAAAGUGUGAUAGGGAACUAGAGGUAUUUGUCGAUCUAAAUGGUGGUACAGAUGAACCAGUCAGAGGAAGUGAUUGCAGUUCCCAGUGGCCGAUUGUACUUCGAACUGGUGUUGACCUAACUCCCAUUACGGCAGGUCUGGAGCAUGCCAGUGGUUGGUUCUCUUUGUCGGACAGAUCUCUUUUUUCUAGAGCACAACUGAAGGUUGUUGUAACACCAUUAGAAGAUGUUAGUCCUUUCAGAGAUGACUGGUUAAAGGAAUACACUAAAACUAAAGGAAAAAAGAUUGAAAUCAAUGUACCUGAUAGUUCUUCCAUAGCUACUUCACUGCAAGAAAAAUUAAAAGAGCUGGAAAAAUUAACAGAACGAAUGAAGAUUAAAAUGAAUGAUCGGCCUAACUGGAACAGUAGCCCUCCAUUCGAUCUUCUUACUGAGGUACAAGCUGUUAGAUUAUCCCAAGAUCAAAUCAAUCUUAAAUCUUGUGAAAGUGUUGGUGAUGUGCUUUGUUAUGCCAGCAGUUGCUCAGGAAUUGUUCAGAAAGUAGAAAAAGCAACUUCUCCCAUUGUCGUGGACUUAGUUGAAAAUAAUGACAUUCCUCCAGUAGCUGAACAUAAUAAUUGUUCUCCUGUAAUUGAUUUAGAGAACGAAGAAGAUAAAUCAGGGAUCUGUACAUAUACUGUUGAUGUUGAAAGUGGAUCAUCAAAUAAUGACAGUCUUGAAACACCAUCAGAGACAAUUGGUCGUAUUUUAUCGAAAAUGAGAAGUAAAAGAUAGCAUUUCUUCCAAAGAUUAAAUGGUUGACCUUUACAACUUAAGAAAGAAUUGAGAAACUAUUACUGUAGUGGAAAAUAUGAUAAUUUAACUAAUGGGACUAAUGUCAAAGUAAUUUAACCAAUAUAUAUAUUUUAUGUAUAUGUGUGCAUAUUAUCUGUACAAAUGAUGCAUUAUAAUUUUGGGUAUAAUAUACAAGGUGUUGAUUUUAAUAUAUUUAUUAUGACUAAUUAUUAAAUAUUUUUCUUUAGGAAAAUUCCAUAUUAUAUUUAUAGCUUAUUAAUGAAAUUAUCUAUGUAAUUACAAUGUAUAUAAAUUUUGAUAUUUAUUAGUUACUACUAAUUUAUACGAAUUAUCAUUAAUUAAAAAAAAUUAUGUAUCAAGAUAUAGUUACAAUUUUUUACUAACUUGUUAUUUUGUUAUAAGUUAUUUUAUUCAAUAAUAUUAAAAAUUGUUUAAUUUAAGAAAAAAGAAAAGCAAAUAUUUCAUUUCCCCAGAAUUAUUUUACUAUCCCAAAUUUUGUUUAAAUAAAAUAUUACAGGUAUAAUCAUGAAUAGGAAAUAUAAGGUCUAUACAUUUUUAUAUGAAGUUAUUUUAGUUUUACUAACUGAUGUUUAUAUAGAUUUUGGU